AUGGAUCAGCUUGAGCGACUAAGCCAGAUUUCCCGUAUCGCCACUGAGCUGCACAAUCACUGGGGGAUCAGCGACAAGGACCUCGCGGAGUUUGUGCUGCAUUUGGGCGAAGAGUCUCAGUCGUUGGAGGAGUUUCGUACGAAGCUGAAAGCCAACGGCUCGGCAGUCACGCAGGCUUUGGCAGUCAGCCUGUACACGGCCAUCUCCAAGUAUGUGGAGAAGACGAAGAACGCAAAGAGGCGUGACGGCAACACCAGCUCUGCGAGCUCGAAGGAUGCCUCGAGCAGCAGUCCUCCGGCACGUGUUGCUGCAGACAGCGAGGACGCAUCUGCUGGCGGCGAUAGCGGCGUGAAGACGCUUCCUGCGAGCGCCUUCUCCGUUUCUCAACAUCCCCCCACGGAGAAGGAGCUGAAGUUCCCUGGUCUCUGCAUGCAGAACCGCUUUGACAGGGCAGAGCUGCAGCUCACGCGACCGGACGAGCACGCUCCUCUGUCUGCAGCAGCCCAGCGGCUGCUGCAGCGUGAGAAGGACGAGAAGGAGCUGCUGCGAGAGCAGCAGGAAGCCUACAACAAGGCCAGGGACGGUCCUGGUUACUGGGGAAGCACCAACGCGAGCAGCAGCGGCAAUGGCGACGGCGGCGGAAAGGGCAGCUUCAGUGCAAGCGGUGCGAAUGCGCUGCCUGUGGGGGGAGGCUCAGCUGCAGCAACGGUCUCCGCAGCAGCAGAUAGCAGCUUGAACUUUUGCGGAAGGAGGGGGGCCCCUCUGGAGAGGUAUGGGAUCUACGACGGCGUGGUAUCGCGCGUUAUGGAGUAUGGAGCCUUCGUGCAGCUGGAUUUGGCAGAAGGCCGCAAGGAGGGGUUGCUGCAUGCAGCCGAUAUGAGCAGAGCUGAUGGGGGCCCUUGCGUCAGCGCGGAUGCCGUUCGUAAGGGCCAGCUCGUUAAGGUGAAGGUACAUGCCAUUGCAGGUUCGCGUCUGUCGCUCACCAUGCGCGAGGUUGAUCAGGAGACUGGCAGAGAUCUGAAGCCGAGGAAUAUAGCUGCGGGGACGGCAAACUCGAGAACUGCUCUAUUCGAGUCUCUGGCGGAGGAACAUGCCCGAACGCUCGAGAAAAAAGGCUUAGGGCGAAUCACAGGCCUUAAAAUCAACGCGGAUAGCCAUGAGGAGGAGACAGCGUAUUCAAGGAAGAGGAAGCUCAUGUCAGAUUAUGACAAGUGGGAGGCGCAACAGUUGCAGCGCAGCGGCUUGGUGGGGAGCAAAGAGAAUCCAUAUUACGAUGAGGAGGCGGGCGGCCUCAUGCCCUCUCAAGAAGCAGAAGAAGACGUUGAGAUCGAAGUCGUGGACGAUGAACCCCUGUUUCUUAGGGGGCAGACUACCAGAGCUGGGAUGCAGCUAUCCCCUGUGAAGAUUGUGGCAAACCCUGAUGGCUCGCUUGCUCGCGCGGCAGCCACUGCACAGUCUCUGGCAAAGGAGCGAAGAGACGUCAGGCAAGCUCAAGAAGCGGCGAUCUUGGAUUCUAUCCCCAAAGACAUGUCUCGUCCGUGGGAAGAUCCUAAUCCUCAGCCUGGAGAAAGAACGAUUGCGCAGGCUUUGCAAGGUCUUGGGCAGACAGGCUAUGAGAUGCCUGAGUGGAAGAAACUUUAUCUGGGCAAGAACGUCUCUUUUGGCAUCAAGAGCACGCUGUCAAUUGCCGAGCAGCGGCGCUCACUGCCAAUCUUCAAACUCAAAGACCAGCUUUUGAAGGCAAUCACAGAGAAUCAAGUUCUUGUGGUCAUUGGGGAGACAGGCAGCGGGAAGACGACUCAAAUGACACAGUACAUGGCCGAAGCGGGUUUCGUCUCUCCAGGUCGUCUUAUUGGCUGCACUCAGCCGAGAAGAGUUGCCGCUAUGAGCGUCGCUAAGCGUGUUGCAGAGGAGUUCGGAUGCAGACUUGGACAGGAAGUUGGUUAUUCAAUCCGUUUCGAGGAUUGUACAUCGCCUGACACGAUCAUAAAGUAUAUGACAGAUGGCCUUCUUCUUCGCGAGGCCCUUGUUGAUCCUCGCUUGCAGCGGUAUUCGGUGGUGAUGCUCGAUGAAGCGCACGAGAGAACGAUAAGCACGGAUGUGCUGUUUGGACUUCUCAAGGAGUGCUGCCGACAGCGUCCCGACUUCAAGUUGAUAGUGACUUCGGCCACCCUCGAUGCUGAGAAGUUUUCGAAUUACUUUUUUAACUCGAGCUGCCGCAAAUGUGUAGUGGCUACCAACAUUGCGGAGGCGUCCCUCACGAUCGAUGGGAUCUACUUCGUCAUCGACCCCGGAUUUGCCAAAGUCAAGAUGUACAAUCCGAAGUCUGGAAUGGAUGCUCUUACAGUUGCGCCCAUCAGUCAAGCGAAUGCGCGGCAGCGGGCUGGGCGUGCAGGCCGUACAGGGCCUGGUAAAUGCUAUCGGCUGUACACGGAGGCAGCCUACCGCUGCGAGAUGUUGCCGACUGCAGUUCCUGAAAUACAACGCACCAAUUUGGAGAACACGGUUCUGCUGCUGAAGGCCAUGGGGGUUAAUGAUCUCCUGAAUUUUGACUUCAUGGAUCCUCCUCCCGUUCAAACCCUCAUCAACUCGCUGGAAACACUGUUCGAGCUAGGAGCUUUGGACGAUGAAGGCCUACUGACAAAGCUGGGGAGGAAGAUGGCGGAAUUUCCUAUGGAGCCUCAGCUCAGCAAGAUGCUGCUCACGUCGGUGGAUCUCAAGUGCAGUGACGAGAUCAUCACUAUCGUGGCGAUGCUCUCCGUGCAGAACGUGUUUUACAGACCUAAGGAUAGACAGGCCCUUGCUGAUCAAAAGAAAAGUGGCUUUCAUCAACCGGAAGGCGAUCAUAUCACGUAUCUCGAGUUGUAUCGUGCAUGGCAACGCAACAGAUUCAGCAAUGCGUGGUGCUAUGAGAACUUCAUCCAGCAUCGCGCUCUGCGGCGGGCUCAAGACGUGAGAAAGCAGCUCAUCUCGAUCAUGGACAGAUACAAACUCGAUAUUAUUUCGGCUGGAAAUGACUACAAGCGAAUUCGGCGAUGCAUCUGUGCAGGCUUCUUUCGCCACGCCUGUCGCGUAGAUCCUCAAGAAGGUUAUCGAACUCUUGUAGAUCAUCAGCAGGUCUUUAUGCACCCUUCAAGCGCUCUCUACAACCGCAAUCCAGAGUGGUUGGUGUAUCACGAACUCGUUCUGACUACCAAGGAAUACUUGCGAGAUUGCUGUACGAUCGAGCCGUUGUGGCUGUGUGACGUCGCCCCCAAGCUCUUCAAGCCAGCAGACCAGCAGCGUCUCUCUCGGAGAAAAAUGCGCGAGCGCAUCGAGCCUCUGUACAACCGAUUCGAAGAACCGAACGCGUGGAGGCUCUCACGGAGACAGGGCAAGUAA